ACUUUGUACACCGAGACUCAGGCAGCCAGUUCUGAGGAGGAGUGAACUACCGAAGCAGCUGACUGGAGUCCCUGGAUCACAGAUCUGGAACUUUGACACCCUUGACAGAGAUGACUGGGCCGUCACAGCUGGAACAACGUCCCUCGGCUUUGGGAAUCCUUGACUGUCAUGAAAGUUUGAGAGUUACUGGGGAACUUUGAUCAAGGAGGCACAAAUAUUUGAGAAGUUCUACCUCUGUUUGGAGUGGAGUAAGGCGCACUCAAGAGGAUCAGCAGCAGGACCAUUUGUUGGAUAAAAGCCAUAUUAAACAUCAAAUUCCAGGAUGAAGACUAGUCUCCUCUACUUGGAGUUACUCCUCUUGGCGACUCACCUACUUGUGGCCAGUGGACAGCUGGAGCCAAAGAGACCCUUGCCCCAGGCCUCUGUUUCUGUUACCCAGAGGCUUGGGCUCGUAGAGAGAGAUGUGCAGGGUCCGGUGAGGUCCAACCUCACCAUGCCCCGCCGCCGCCUACCCCCGAUGUGCACGGGACCGACGGAGAUCCGAGACACCUUCAAGUACAUCAACACGGUGGUGUCCUGCCUGGUGUUCGUCGUUGGUAUAAUUGGGAAUUCCACUCUUCUGAGGAUCAUCUACAAGAAUAAGUGCAUGCGAAACGGGCCGAACAUACUGAUCGGUAGCCUGGCACUGGGAGACCUGCUGCAUAUCAUCAUCGGCAUUCCUAUUAACGUUUAUAAGCUCCUGGCGGAGGAUUGGCCGUUUGGUGUGACCCUGUGCAAAAUGGUGCCAUUCGUCCAGAAAGCCUCAGUGGGGAUCACGGUGCUGAGUCUGUGUGCCCUGAGUAUUGACAGGUAUCGUGCCGUGGCCUCUUGGAGUCGUAUCAAGGGGAUCGGAGUUCCAAAAUGGAUGGCCAUCGAGAUAGCACUCAUCUGGAUACUAUCCAUCAUCCUGGCCGUGCCAGAGGCGAUCGCCUUCGACAUGAUCACCAUGGACUACAAAGGAGAACACCUGAGAAUCUGUCUGCUGCAUCCCAUGCAGAAGACUGACUUCAUGAGGUUUUACAAGUCAGCCAAAGACUGGUGGCUGUUUGGUGCGUAUUUCUGCCUGCCGUUGGCCUGCACUGCUAUUUUCUACACCCUGAUGACCUGUGAGAUGCUGAGGAAGAAGAACGGCGUCCAGAUUGCUCUGAGUGACCACCUCAAACAGCGGAGGGAGGUGGCCAAGACAGUGUUCUGUCUGGUUCUGGUCUUCGCUCUGUGCUGGCUGCCUCUUCACCUCAGCCGUAUCCUGAAGCUCACCAUCUAUGAUGAAAAGGACCCAAACCGCUGUGAACUGCUCAGUUUCUUUUUGGUCUUGGACUACAUUGGCAUCAACAUGGCAUCUGUCAAUUCCUGUAUCAACCCAAUCGCCCUCUACAUGGUCAGCAAGCGCUUCAAGAACUGCUUCAGGUCCUGUCUGUGCUGCUGGUGCCUACCGGCAGAGAUGUUGAUGGAUGAAAAGCAGUCGUGCAUGAAGCUUAAAGUCACCGACCGAGUCUCUGAACAAAGCCAUUCCCGCAUGACCAACAAGUCCACCACAGCCUGAAGAAAGGCCUAGGAGUGAGAAAAGAGGAGAUAUAGUAAGGACAACGACACCAAAUACUGAGAUAUGUCCAAAUGGAGGAGGAUGUGUGCCCUUUCGAGCCUCAUCUAAAAAUCAUAUGAAGUAUCCCUCAACUCUUAACAGAUGUGCCUUUGGAAAUCAGCCUGCACUGAAACACAUUCCAACUCAUCCCCAAACUCUGAACACUUAUUACAGGGUUCGCUCUCCUUUUCCAGGGAGAAACAAGCAUCAGUGCACUUCAAAAGCUGUAUUCUUGGACAACAAAUGUAAAAAGGGUGAAAAAGGCAUCCUGGUGCGAAACAAUGUCAAACAUCGAGAACUGAACGUGGCCAAAGUUCAGCAAUGUCAUGAAAAAUUGGGGGUUAAGGGUCCAUUAGCAAAGACAACCCAUCAGCCUCUCAGCCUGAACAACAAAUGUUCCUUUGACGCUAUGAACCUCAUAUGGACAAUAUUCCAGUGUGACACUGUGUUAAAUGUUGCUGUCACAUACCGCAGUAUCUUCAAAAAAAAGGUUCUAAUGCUCUUGUAUACAUAUUUUGUAUGUAUGUCCUGUAAAAUAUAUCUGUAUGUAUUGAGAACUUUGCAUGCUUUUGCAUACUUCUUUGCUUGGCACAUUAAUAGUUUUCAGUGGAUUGUCUCUAUGUAUUUUCUAAAUAGUUACUGAACUACUGAUGUUGUAAGAUGUGUGACCAUCGGCUAUAGUCUAACACCGUUCAGUACUGAGCCUGUGGCUUUUUGAGUUUCAUGACUCUAAGUGCUUCACAUUAUCUUCAUCCGACCCCCUUAGCUUGUCUGACAAGUAGGGUUUCUUUUUUUUCAAUGAAUGAAAUAAAUAAAAGGUAGUAUAAUAAAUCUGAAACUAGC